ACCUAUGAUGUAAACAUUACAUACACACGUGGAAGAUUGAAAAAUAGUCAUGUAAAUCCUCAGUGUUCCGUUUACAAAACUGUGCAUUUUUCUUAACAACAAAUAUCCUAAGUUAACUUAUCAUGGACAGCGAUGAGGAUGGAUAUGCCAUGCAUUUCUUGGAAGAUACAAGCUGGAACAGGCAUAUAGAGUCAAGUGACGGACUCCACAGUCAAACGUCACUCUCAGAGAGCCGACGUGAAGUCCAUCCUGCGGUCUCGUCCAACAGCUCCGAUUUCCUGGAAGGACAGAUAAAUCCGCUGCACGACCCUCACCUGAUCUCCGGCGUGCUGUUGAUGCUGCUGCUGUACUUGGCGGUGAUGCUGUGGAGAGCCCAAGCCCGGAGCGGUGGACAUACCGGUACCCGGGUCGCGGCUGCCACACAGGAAGUGGUUGAAGAUCAGCUCCAAGUGCGAAGUGUGACGACAUCGCAGCAGAAAGAGGCGCACGUGAAACCCCAGGACGAGAUAAUACCAGCUUAUAAGUCCGUAGACCUCACAGCUGCACUACCACUGUCUUCCAAACAAGACGACAACCUUUUACAGAACACACCCAGACACGGUAGCGAAGAUGUGAUACCUCAAAAACGAAGUGUAAGCCUGACCUCGCAGUCAAAUUUGGAUCAGGUGGCAUUCCUGGACGAAAUGGUUCCAGCGCCCAAGUCUAUGGCUCUCAGCGCUGCAGUACCACAACCUUCCAAGCAAGAGAAUAACGUUCAACAUAAGACACCCAGUGCUAGCGUUGAAGAUGAGUUAUCUGAAGACCGGAGUGCGAUUUCGACCGCGGAACCAAGCGAGAUGUGGGUAGUGUUCCGAGACGAGGUUUUUCCAGCGCCGAGCUCCGUCGGCCUCGUCGACACGACUCCGCCGCGCUCCGGAGGAGAGGAUGUCGUCGUCCACAGAAUCCCCAGGUACGGGGACUCGCUGUACUACGCGCUGGCGCACCAGCUGGGGCGCGCGCGCGUGGGCUCACCCGACCACAAGCAGGACACCACCAUCCUGCGCGCGCAGGUCCUGCAGAGACUGCGCGAGGACACGCCGCGCUACCGCGAGCUGCUGCUGCGCUCCGCCGAGGCGCGCGAGCCGCGCUACUCGGGGCUGCCCUCGGCGGAGGCCCGCCUGGCGCGCUACCUCGCCGACCUGGACAAGUUCCGCUUCCAGCCGGGCGACGAGGUGCUGCAGGCGGCCGCCGACGUGCUCGCCGUCGACGUGCACGUGCUGGACGAGGCGGGCCGCGAGCAGGAGUCCUUCCGCAGCGGCGCUCCCGGCGGCGCCAAGGACCUGGUGCGCGUGCGCAGGACCUCCCAGGCCGGCGGCUGCCACUUCGACAGCGUGGACCUGGCGACACCUCCCUCUUCAUGAGCCCGCCAGCUGAAGCAUCUGCCGACACUCUCAUUGAUUCACUCUUCAUACAAAUAAACUUUCGUGCCAUAAAACAACCAAUUUAAUAAAAUAAAAGUAAUAUGCGAAAUCAUC